AGAAAACGUAAACACAACACACCACCAGUCGUCGUCUUCUCUUCUUCUUCUUCUGGUGUAGUCUUCUCGUUUUCUUUUUGAAAUAUUGUGUUUGCGGAAACCGUCGCUCGACGGAGGAGGGGGAGUAGAAGAGCACGUCCAUGGCGUCUUCGAGAAAUGGUGGGAUUAGAGGGUCCAUGAGGCCGAUCUCGGGAGCUAAUUCUUCGAAUCUCAGAUCCUCGUCUUUUAAAUCGAGGAUUCCUUCCUCGGCUCCGGCUCCCCGUCGGAGCUCGUCCGCUUCCUUGGGAGGACCUAGCGCCGGCGACAAUGGAGUUCCAGGGAGAGUUCGAGUGGCCGUUAGAUUAAGACCUCGAAAUGCAGAAGAGUCGGUAGCAGACGCUGAUUUUGCUGAUUGCGUUGAAUUACAGCCUGAGCUUAAAAGGUUGAAACUAAGGAAAAACAAUUGGGAUUCAGAGACUUACGAGUUCGAUGAGGUGCUCACAGAGGCCGCUUCACAGAAGCGGGUCUAUGAAGUGGUUGCCAAGCCAGUUGUGGAGAGUGCGCUCGAAGGUUAUAAUGGAACUGUGAUGGCCUAUGGCCAAACAGGUACAGGAAAGACUUUUACUCUUGGAAGAUUGGGGGAUGAAGAUACCGCUGCUCGUGGUAUCAUGGUUCGCUCAAUGGAGGAUAUUCUAGCAGGCAUUUCCCUGGAGAGCGAUUCUGUCUCCGUCUCAUAUUUACAGCUUUAUAUGGAGACCAUUCAAGAUCUCUUAGACCCAGCAAAUGAUAACAUUGCCAUUGUCGAGGACCCAAAAACUGGAGAUGUCUCCCUGCCGGGGGCUACCCAUGUGGAGAUCAGAAACCAGCAAAAUUUCCUUGAGCUUCUAAGACUUGGGGAAACACAUCGAAUAGCUGCUAACACAAAAUUGAACACCGAAUCUUCUCGCAGCCAUGCAAUUCUCAUGGUGCAUGUUAAGAGGUCAGUGGUAGAAAAAGACAAUUCUAUUUCUAAUGAAAUGGACAGCUCAUCUCAUUUCGUCAGACCAUCAAAGCCAUUAGUUCGGAGAAGCAAGCUCGUUCUAGUAGAUCUUGCAGGCUCGGAACGUGUUCACAAGUCUGGCAGCGAAGGGCAUAUGCUGGAGGAAGCUAAAUCCAUCAAUCUCUCACUCAGUGCUCUAGGGAAGUGCAUAAAUGCAAUAGCUGAGGAUAGUGCUCAUGUCCCAUUUCGUGACUCAAAACUUACCCGCCUACUGAGAGAUUCAUUUGGUGGCACAGCAAGGACAUCCAUGAUUGUGACAAUUGGCCCCUCUCCACGGCACAGAGGAGAAACGACAAGCACUAUACUAUUUGGUCAAAGGGCUAUGAAGGUAGAAAAUAUGUUGAAGAUAAAAGAAGAAUUCGAUUACAAGAGUUUAUCCAAGAAACUCGAGGUCCAAUUGGAUAAGGUGAUUGCUGAAAAUGAAAGGCAACAGAAAAUGUUUGACGAUGAAGUGGAGAGAGUAACCCUGGAAGCACAAAAUCGAAUAUCUGAAGUUGAAAAGAACUUUGCAGAGGCCUUGGAGAAGGAAAAACUGAAGUGUCAAAUGGAGUAUAUGGAGUCAGUUAAGAAGCUUGAGGAAAAGAUGCUGUCUAACCAGCGAAAGCAAGAGGAUGGUAAACGCAACGGGGAGAUGAAUGGAUUUGUUGCAACUAGUGAACUCACUCAUCUAAAAGAAGUUCUUGAGAAUGAGAUGAAGUUAAGGAAGGCAGCAGAAGAGGAGCUCAACAAAUUUAACAACCAGUUAACACAAAAGACAAGAUCAGGGGAAGGUGGAGAUGCUGAAAUAUCAAGACUGCAAAAACUUCUGGAGGAUGAGGCUGUUCAGAAAAAGAAACUUGAAGAAGAGGUCACUGUAUUACGAAGUCAGCUUGUGCAGCUUACUUUUGAAGCAGACCAGAUGAGAAGGUGUUUAGAGAGAGGUGGACCUACAAAUUCUUAUUCUGGUUCGGAUUUGUUAUCAUCUAGACAGUCCCAGUUCAGAGAAUCUAUGAAUGGGCAGAAGGCUCCAUUUGCUACGCUCUGUGAGCAAGUUGGAUUGCAAAAGAUCUUGCAAUUACUUGAGUCAGAGGAUGCGAACAUAAGAAUUCAUGCUGUGAAAGUUGUGGCAAAUCUAGCAGCUGAAGAGACAAAUCAGGAAAAGAUCGUUGAAGCAGGUGGUCUUACUUCGUUGUUGAUGCUUCUGAGAAGCUAUGAGGAUGAAACUGUUCGAAGAGUAGCUGCUGGAGCAAUUGCUAAUCUUGCGAUGAAUGAAGUGAAUCAACAACUUAUUGUGGACCAAGGAGGAAUCAGCUUGCUAUCUCUGACGGCAGCGGAUGCAGAGGAUCCGCAGACCUUGCGCAUGGUUGCUGGAGCUAUUGCUAAUCUCUGUGGCAAUGAUAAGCUUCAAGCAAGGCUAAGGUCAGAAGGUGGGAUUAAAGCGUUGUUAGGGAUGGUUAGAUGUGGACAUCCAGAUGUUCUUGCGCAGGUGGCAAGAGGAAUUGCAAACUUUGCAAAGUGUGAAUCAAGGGCAACCACUCAAGAAGCAGGUGUGAGAAGCGGGAGAUCGGUGCUAGUGGAGGAUGGGGCACUUCCAUGGAUAGUGCAACAUGCAAAUGAUGAAGCAGCGCCCAUCAGGCGUCAUAUAGAGCUGGCAUUGUGCCAUUUGGCACAGCAUGAAGUGAACGCGAGGGACAUGAUAAGCGGAGGAGCACUGUGGGAGCUGGUGCGGAUAUCGAGGGAGUGCUCAAGAGAAGACAUUAGGAAUCUGGCCCACCGCACUCUCUCCUCCAGCCCCGUCUUCCGUUCCGAGAUUCGCCGCCUCGGCAUCCAGUUUUGACUUCUCUUUUAUUAUCUCAUCCCCACCCA